GUCAUAAAAAAGGUUUGUUUAGGAGUACCAAAUCUGUCCUUCCCAAAAUCGCUUAAAAUUGAAAAAUUUCAAAAUUAUCCAUAUUUCUACACUGUCAUAUCUCCUACAUGGAUUCAUGUAGACACACACAAAUCUCCAGGAUUUUUCACCGAUCCCUGCUGAUACCUACGGUCCAAAAAUUUUUUGGAUACCUUUUAUCGUUUUUGCGUGAAGUAGGUUUGUUUGAGAGUGAAAAAUUAACCUUCACCCGGGUGAAAAAUGGUCAAAAUGAUCCACUUUUUCACAAGGUCACACCUCUCAGACAGAUUUUUAUAGAAACUUGAGAAGGUCAGGUGCAUACCUAUCAGCUGAGACAUACAGUUUUUGAUAGAUGUUCAUCCAAAACCACUUAAAAAAACUGAAAAAGCUAGUUUACAUUUCAUACAAUCAAUAGUUCCUCAUAAAAUUCAGAAUAAAAAGAAGAUAUUACUUACAAGAUGCCGAACCUUAGUACCUGUUUGCAUUUUGGUCCAAAACAACCUCAGAUCAUGACAUUGACUGACUCUGAACAUUGGUUCUGAUUCUGUCCAGGAUGUCUCUAAGGUUCAACCAUCUUGUAGCUGGAGUUCCUGGGUGUUGGCAUGUUUUAACGGUGACACCCUGGUCAGUGACGAGUACUCAGCAUAAACAAGUCAUGAAUACCAGUUUAAUAUCAGCUUUGUGUUGAUGGGGAACUUGUUAUAAAGCAUGGUGUGAAUCAUAUACAUACCAGGACAUAGAUACACGGUAUUCAACAUUGGGUUUAAGGAAGUUCAGUUAAAACAUAAAGAUACAAACAAGAGAAUCUCCCUCAGGCUCAGAAGAGCAAAUUAUGUGACCCACAGUUUGUUGUUCAGUAGCAUUUCAGUCCCACCCUGAACUGCUUGAACCUCAGAAUGGUAUUUAAAUAAUAGCUCCAUGACAGUCCAGAUGAACCUGUUUUGUAAACUCAGACACCUGCUGAGCUGAUCACAUCUACAGAAUUAAACAAUGUUUGAUUACAGCUUGAAGGAGAGCUCAGUGAGCUUUGGACAGAUGCUAACUAACAUUCAGGACAACUAAAACAGAGAAAUUAUAGAUAUUUCUUUGUUCUGCACCAAUCACAGCUUUACUUCUGUUCAUUAAUGUCAUCAUCAACAUCAUCCACUGGCAGCCAAACAAGACUACCUGUAAUCUGGAAUUUAUAGUCAGAUUAUCUGUUUUUAGUGAUAAAUGUUGUGACUCAUCAUUUCAGGCCAGAUGCUCAGAGAUCCGGCCGUGGAGGUUGGAAGAACAGAAAGGUUCUAGAUUUAGAUUUCACUCAUUUCAUUUGAAUAAUUUUUAGUUCAUAGAAAUGUUGGUAAAUCAUUGGAGCCUCUCCCAGUCGUUAGGUGGAAAAGUUCAACAUCUAAAUUCUUGUUUGGAGCAUUUAGGGUUCUGUUGGUUUCCGAACCAACCCACAGAAACACAGGUACCAGACAUGCAGAACAAAGGGAUCUUCAGUGUAAACUCACUAUUAUUUGAUAUUGUAUCUUAAUAUUUACACAUUGGAAAACAUACACAUUAAUGUCCAUUUGCUUGCAUUUGUUAUUUAUUCUAUUUUUGAUGUUAAUGUUAAAUAGUUCUGCUCAACUAAAUCCAUCCAAGCCCUCCAAGACCGUCUCUGGUUUACUCACAUUCCUCUGCAGAUGCUUUUGCCAACAGCAGAUAUUUUACAAACAUACCUUUGAACUUAGGACGUUUUCAGCCUGGGGCAUGUACCUGUGACAUACCGAACCUGUCCCAGGUGUCCUUUCUUCCAAUCAGGAGGCUUGACCAUCAACUCCUCCUCUUCUCUGAGGAGAGGAUAAAAUGAGGGACACGGUCAGAGCGAACAAACAGAUCAGAGUCCACCAGACUGAUACUUCAACUUCAGUCAUCAGAGAGCCUCCUGGACAGCAGCCUUCAUCCUCCUCAUCCUCCUGCAGAGGCUCUCUGUCAGCUGAUUGGUCACCUCCAACAUGCUCCGCCUCCUCCUUCUCCUCUCUGCUGCCAUAGCCCUGUCAGGUGCUGAUAUACAGGUGAUGACAACUAACUCAGAACUCGACAUCAGCUCGUAUCCCUUCACAUAUUUUGGACAGAAGUAUGAACGAGUCUAUGUGAACUUCACCAGUGAGAACGUUGUGAUCUGUUUCAACGGCUAUUAUGACCCUCAGAACAAAGGAGACUGUUUGGUGCGACCUGGAGCAGUUCGGGUUGAAUUUUACAUUUUUGACAGAGAUCUGUAUAAUGAAAAGCUUUUCAGACAGGACCUGCCAUCCAUUUCCAACUCUCUGGAAUGUGACAUGGAGUUUUUCACUUCCUCAGUGAUUUCUUGGGUAGCAAACUUCGGGUCACAAGCAGCUUUACUUGUAGUAUUUGGUAGUGAGGGUACAGCGCUCACAGAUGUUCUGGUGGAUGGUAACAAGGUCAACACGGUGAAUGUUACAAACGCGACAGAUAUCUUAACAUUUUCUGGAUCUGCAGACCUGAGCGGUUGCAGACAUUCAGGGGUUCUGCUCAGGCCUGGUGAGGUGAGUUCUGAUCCUGAAACCUGUUUCAGUCUCAACUGUUCUCAGACUGCAGUCCUCCAGACCUCCACCUGUGGGCCUCUGGAGCGUUGUCAAGGCAACGGCAUCUGCAGCUUGGACACCAUCUGCACUGUGACGGGUCCCGCUGUCAUCAACUUCCACGGCCAGCAGAACUCUGUGAAGGAUCGGUGUUCGUACUCUCUGCUGAGGAUCCCAUCAAUCCCAGACUUCCAGGUUCUGGCCAACUUCCAGGAGCGGCACCGUAAAGAUGUGAGCUUUCUGGACAGCGUGACGCUGCGACUGAACGGGUCGGGCAUUCACAUUUACCUGAAACAAGGAGGCAGAGUUCUGCUGGACGACUCGGCGCUGACCCUCAACAGCUCGGUUCAGACGGUUCAUGGUGUGAAGCUCUCUAAGGACCAAACUGGAGUCACUGCUAAGGUGUCGCUGUCCAACUUCAAGGCUUCUGUCUUCUUUGAUGGCUCCACCGCACAGAUCCACCUGGAAGGACCUGCAGGACAGUCUCUGCAGGGUCUGUGUGGAAACUCCAGCAGGUCUCUGAGUACAGAGAGGGUCUCUGAGGACAGCUCCACCAGCUGUGAGAUGCAGUACAUGGACAGUAAUGACACGAUGAUCAACUGCACCAAGAUGACUGAACGCUGUAACCUCCUGAAGGAGGCGCCCUUCUCCUCCUGUGACAUCGACCCAGAGCCCUACAUCAGCGCCUGCAUAGACACCUUGUGCAGCUACUCUGAUCUGGACCACCUCAGGUGUCAGUUCCUGGAGGCCUACGCCAGAGCCUGCAGCCUGAAGAGCAACACCACACUGGAGGACUGGAGGUCCAAGGCUGAUUGCUCGCCCCCUGGGGCCUUCUGCCAGGACAGGACCUGCAGCGAUCAUGAGUUCUGUGGAGAGAAGACUGCUGGUGGAGAAACUCGCUGCUUCUGUCGGGCCAUUUUUGCCUCCAAGUACAGAAAGAUCAACUCUUUGGGUGAUCCACCGGUCUGCAGUGAGAACUCUGCUUCUCUCAGUCUGGUCGGGUGUCUCCUGGAGGACAAAGGCAUCGACUACUCUGUCUUACAGCUCAAAGAACCGACCUGCAGAGGUCAGAUUGACAAGCAGACCCACAUGGUGACUUUCAGCUUCAACAGCGCCAACCUCUGUGGGACGGAAAUCACGAACAACAACAGCCAAGUCAUCUACAAAAACACCAUCAUGUCCCAGAACCUCUCCUCUGGUGGCAUUACCCGCCAAGACCAGGUGUACAUUGACUUCUCCUGCAUUCAGACUCAGCCGGACAUCAAGACCGCGAUCUUCAGAAGCUCCGUGGUUCAGGUCAUCUCAUCCGGACCUUGGAGGUACUCUCUGACCAUGAAGGCCUACACUGACCCCGGCCGAACUCAAGCUGUGUAUUCAAACACCGAAGUGCGGCUGAACCAAAAGAUCUGGGUGGAGCUGGACACUGAUGGCCUGGAUGAAAAACUGGUUGCCGUGGUUACCGACUCCUGCUGGGCAACAGACCAAGCCUCCCCCACUGGGGGUCGCAAAUAUUACCUGAUCAAGAAUGGCUGUCCAAGCUCUGAAGACCAGACGGUGACAGUGGAGGGAAAUGGAGAGGGAACCUCCAACUACUUCUCCUUCAACAUGUUCCAGUUCACUGGGAGCUCUGCUGAUCUCUACCUGCACUGUAAACUGCAGCUGUGUGUCAAACAGGAGAACAGUUGUGUCAAGAACUGUGAUGGAGCUCGGAAGCGCAGAUUUGCCAGGUCCAAUUAUGAAGGAGCUGCCUUUAUCAGCAUGGCUUGGACUACUUAGGUGGCUUCCACAGUGACUGGCUGAAAGGCUGCAAACCUCCAUGAUGAUUCCAGUCUUUGGACCAGUUCUGACCCAGAGCCUGGAUGUUAUGAGGACAUCUCUGACACAUAAUGGGUCUACAGCUGAUACUCUCUUUGAUUUUAUGUGAAUCUGGUGAAGGGAAAUGAGUGGGUUACAUGUGAUGUUUAUUAUAACCAGAUGAAAACGUCUAAGAAACAUUCAAAUAAUCAGAUUUUAUGCUUAGAGUCUCUGUAUCCUCCUGCAUCCUGAAGGCCAUAUGUUGGAUUAGAGUUGGUACAAACCAGUUGACCUUCUGUCUUCAAGAAGUGUCUGGUCACAGGAUACAGAUGUCUAAGAGCAGUGAGGCCUUCAAGCAAAGAAGCUUUUUAAUUAGAUGUGAAACUAUCCCAUGAUGCACAGAAGAAAACAAGGAGCAGAAAUGAGGCUGCAGUGACUGACAGAUACAAUCUGAAGACAUAAUGGGCUUUAAUGGUUCAAAUGAUAAAUGUUUAAAUAAGUUGAAUAAUCAGAGGGAGGAAUUUGUUUUAAUCUGCAUUUUUAACAAUAAUAAGUCGAUUUUUCAGGGAUUUGUAGCUUCUACAAGAAAUCAUCAGUAAUCUAAACAUAAAGAAAUUACAUGAAACCGCAUGUUUUCAGCGUAUCUGAAGAUCAGAUUUGGAUCAAAGUUCAGCAGGUUAAUAACAAACUUAUAAAACUGAGACGAUGAUGAAAAAGCCUAGAUGCAGUCAGUUUGAGAGAAACUUCAGUUUUGGAGGAAGAACCACCACAGGAGGACAGUAGAGCAUACUGAUGGUUAAAAGGUCACAUUUAACAGCAGAAAGUCUGCAGACAUCCAGAUUUUCUUGAUGCUCUUUAAAUCCUCUGCAACUAAAACUAUGGUUUCAUAUACGUUCAUGUUUUUCUUCUUCUGAAGCUGGUAUCUGUCAGUGUGUUUUCGGUUCUGUAUUUGUUUAUGUUUAAAUCAGAUGUUUUUGAUGUCUUUGAGUUCCUGCUUCUGGUAUUUUAUUUCCUAGGUUCUGUUCUGAUUGACUGUGUGGUUUUAUUGUAAUUUUUAGAUCUGUUGUUCUCCCCGUGUUCUGGUUCCCUGGGUGUGUUUUUCAGUUUGUUUCUUCAUCUUGCUCCUCCAUGUCCUCAUUUGUCUCUGUAUGCUUCCCCUGCUCCCUCCCUCCCUGCGUCCCUGUCACAUCUGUUCCCUUUUUCUGUGAUUAUCUGCCCUUUGUUUCCCCUCUCACAUCUUCCUGUAUAUUAGUUGGUCUGUGUUCUUUGUUCCCCGCUGGUUCCUCUUGUCUCUUACCCUGUGCACUACCCGCAUCCUUGCCUUGAAUCCCUGCAGUAUUUUUGUAAGUUUGGCUCUGACUGGUUGACACCUGCAGUGUUUUUGUUACGUUUUUUGUUACUUUUCAUUUUAUGAUUAAAAACCAAGACUGCUUGAAAUGCUGCUCCCGAGCUCUUGACUGCGCUUUGGUCCAACCCCAAACCCGAAUGUGACAGUAUCUACAGAAGCUCUAACAUUAAAGUCAGACAUAAAGUCUGUUGGUGUUUCUUAAAUGUCA